AUGCCAAAAAAGGAUUCUAGCGCACAGAAGGUUGACAACGAAAGUAGCGAAGGACAACAGUCAGGCGAAGGUUUAUGGGGUAAGCUUAGAUCUGUACGUAACUGGAAGGACGUAAAUGAUGGAAAUAGUACAUUAAGCAUUUCUCAACCUACUCAGGGUUACAAACUGUGGGAUAAAUUGCUGAGUGCAGCCGCGGCAUAUAAAGCAGCAGAAGGUGAUUCUGAAAAUGAAUCCGAAAAAGAAGACUGGGAAGGAGAGACCCAUAUUUCUCGCAUUUUGAGGGAAUAUUACGUGAAAAAAUCCGGAGAUAUUCCCAAUUGGUUAUAUGAUUCUAAAACAAGUUCGAAAUCCACGGAAAGGUUAGCUAUCGCCUCCCUUAGAGACAAUCGCAAACGAUUAACCGAAAGGAACGAGAAUAUGUCGUCUCGGUCAAAUUUUAGCGGAAGCAAUGAAAAAGAGCAAUCGAAGGUUUACUCUUCAUUCUCGAACUUGUCAUUACAAGUCCCUGCUAUUAAUAAGGGUCGAGAAAACAGUGCUCAUGAUCGUCCUUCAAAUGGGAAUCUAAACUACUAUGCGCAAAGCGGUGGGCAACCCUCUCCAGAUAAGAAUUAUGAUUCGAGUAAAUACAGCUCCCGAGGUUUGCAUCACUCUCGAACAUUAAAUUCGCAUUUACUUUCUGAUGGAAUAACGUCGCACCAGCGACCGGAAGUAGGUGCCAGGAGGUUUGAUAACCUUGGUAUAGAUCAUACUAGAGGAAGAGAGAUUAGUACAAAUACUAAAGAACCGAGUACAAGUGUUAGUAGAGCGAGAAGUGUGAGUCCUAGCCCAUCAUCUCGUGUGCCUCCUUCGGGCAUUUACAAUAGGUACCGAGAAGCUGGCGAUGUUCGCAAUAAGAAUCAAGAAGUGCAAACUCCCAUUGGAAGAAACUACAGGAAAGGCGCCUUCUGA